AUGAAGAGCCGACCCAUGUGGCAGCAACAUAGAUUUAUACCAGGCGCCAUAAUCGGGGACGGAGACCAUGAUAAUCUAUUCGACUCUUCACUUACUUGUCGCUUAUUCGCUGUCGUGAAAACAAAUAAACCCGCGACUUACAUACAGCUGGGUUCGUGGCAAAAAUAUCGUAGUGAAUAUGGCGGCUGCGAUUCACACACAACAAUUCGACUGUUUUGUUUUUUGUUCCCAGAAAACAUUGAGUUGAACGUUGGUGGAAAAUUUUACUCGACUUCUGUGCUAACGCUAACAAGGGAACCCGACUCGCUUCUUGGACGCAUUUUCAGCGGAAGGCAACAUGUGGAAAAAGACCAGUCCGGGAAAUAUUUCAUAGAUCGCGAUGGGUCCCUAUUUCGUUAUAUUCUGGAUUUUCUUCGAACCAGAAAACUACACCUCCCGGACGACUUCCGCGAGAUUGCAAGGCUUAAAACAGAGGCGGAAUUCUCUGAAAUGAGAGCUCUAGAACAACAACUUGAGCUCUACUUCAAAGCGCGGCAAAGAGCAGCCACAAUAGUGAACGAACAGUUUGGCUAUAUCACGUUACACAUUCGUGGCACGUACACUUUUGGCCGCAGCGGCCAGGCGGACGUGAAUUUUCGCAAGUUGCAAAGAAUUGCAGUUUGCGGCAAGGUAUCUUUGUGUCGUGAAGUGUUUGGGGAAACUCUCAACGAG